AGUAAAUGAAACGCGGGGCGUCUCUUUCCUCAUUCUUCUUCUUCGUUUUCACCGGCGUCCGCUGCCCUUGCUUCCCGAUCGUCUCUCCAUAGUUCUCCGUCCGGCGUCUUAUUUUUCCUUCAGCCGAGCAGCCGAAUGAACCUCUGUCUAUUGAAGCCAAACGUCCAGUCGAAGAGUUUCGGUUUCGUCCGCCGUCCGCGAAGCUACGCUCGCCGCCGCGUUUCGUUGCGAUCGCUCCAUCUCCAUCCGCCGUCCGCGAACCUCCGCCCCUCGCAUCCGAAGCCGAAAUUUCUUCAUUGUCCCAGCCGAAAAGUUUCGACCGUUGGCUUCUCCGUCACCUCCGAAGCCGUGCUUCAAGCUCCGUCCACGAACGAUCCCGACCACGCACGGCUCAGAUCACUGUUUUCGGCAGCAAUCGAGCGAGACGCGCCCAAUCUGAGCCGCUGACUCUGCCUUGCUGUGAAUCGCUGUGGAUUUUGUGUGUUGCCAUUGGGGAAAUAGAGUUCAAUUCUCCAUUACUUGAGUUGGUUCUUUUGGACUUUAGUUCAAUCAAGAAAAUCAAGGAACGCAGAGAAACUUAAGGAAAAAUGUCGCCACGGAGAGGAGCUUGAAGGGGUAGUCGGGGAGGCAGAGGAGUAGGACGUAUUCAGGAUGAUGGACUGUUUUGUGACUAAAAACCUAAGGAAUAAGUUUUGUUGGUGGUUUUAUAGAGAACUAAAUAUAUGUUUAGAUUGUGUUGCAAACUCACGUUCUUGCAUCUUGGUUAAACCACCCCAAGCGAAUCGAGCAAGUUGAUUUUCCCAAGGAGUUUGAUUAAGAACAAAAAAUGGGUUGAAUGGAAGAAUCAGAAAAACGAAGGGAGAGGCUGAGAGCAAUGCGAAUGGAAGCUGCUCAGGCUGAUGUUGCUAAUUAUGUCGAAACCUCUCUGCCUAAUCAUCUGUCUAAUCCAUUGGUUGAGUCCUCAGCUACCAUGAUGGGGCAAUUAGCACCAUGUACAACCCCAAGAUUUGACUAUUACACAAAUCCUAUGGCCGCAUUUUCUACUAGCAAGAAGAAAGGGAAGAUUGAGAAUCAACUUGUGUCCGAUAAUUUCGUCCCUUAUCACCACAACACUUCGUCACCAACUUUUCCAGGACUGAGAAACCCUGAAAUGUCUUCUGCUUCUACUCAUCAAUUCCAUCAAUGUUCACCUGACCGGAGAAUGUUCUAUGCACGAGGUGAUAGUGAAGCUGGUGGCCAUGGUAGCCCAGGAAUGCCUAGACCUUAUGCUGUGGAUCAAGGAGAUCCACAUAUGUGGCGUGGAUCGAAAAGGCCAUUUGUCAACCAGUACCCUACCCAUCCACCGAGGGAGAUGAACUCCCCCAGCCAUGUAUCUAGACCAAGAGGUAACUCUUACACCAAUCCUACUCAAGACAGGGCUAAUUACCGUAGUUCAAGCCCUAACCCAGGGUUCCUAGGCAGUUUUAGUCCAGGUAGAGGCAGCCAUGGACAUCAUGGCAAUAUGACCCCUAGUCCAAGAUUUGGCUAUGGACGAGGUACUGGUUCUCAUGGUCGUCAUUCUUCAUUGGACAAAUCACCUGGACCAGAACAAUUUUACAAUGUCUCCAUGCUUGAAGAUCCCUGGAAGGUUCUGCAACCUUGUAUUUGGACGACAAUUGCUCCAUCGAGUAAUUCUACCGAGCCAUCGGAAUCUUGGAUUUCCACAAAGUUUGGUACAAAGAAAGCAAGAGUUUCAGAUUCUUCUUCUGGCAGAUCAAACUCUCAACCUAGCCUCGCCGAGUACCUGGCUGCCUCCUUCAAGGAAGCAAUCGAGGAUGUGCCAAAUGCGUGAAACAUUUUAUCCAGGCAUUUCAUCCUUACUGUAGUACUCAAAUUCAGCAUUGUCGAAAUCCCAGCCUAAUUUUCCUCUAAAACUGGUUUCAUGUAGUAAAUCUAGUGAUUAUUAUGACAUUUCUGUCUCUAUGUUAUGUUUAGUUAGUGAUGUUUUUUUAUCAA